CAGAAGGAAGGAGGGUUGGGUUGGACAAAUAUGAGGUGGAUGGAUGGAAGGAGGAGGCUUGGGUCAAUCAGAAGGAAGGGGUGUUGGGUUUGGAUGGAUUUGGAUUGGAUGGAUGGAACAGGGGGGUUGAGUUGGAUGGACGGAAGGAAAGAGGGCUGGGUUGGACAGAUAUGGGUUGGUCAGACAGAAGAAGGUUUGGGUCAAUCAGAAGGAAGGGGGGUCGGGUCAGACGGGUGGAAGAAAUGCUGGCACCUUCCUCCUCCCUCAGCCCACGGCCAUGUCUGCGUGUGCUGGACAUGACCGGCAUCCAGGACGGUGCCGAACACGGUCCAGACAGCGUCACCCUGUGGUCGAGGACAGUACUGCUGGCCAAAGCCUGCCUGGAAGCCUCACAACGCCGAACCGAACUGCGUGGCACCAAAGAUCAGAAGGGUUCCCCGGUGCCCGCGGUGGAAAUCCGCGUCGACCUCUUUGUCAACAGCACCUCCGGGGCCAUCCUGAGGGCGGCCCUACGGGGCAGAGGGGCCCUACGCCUGCGCUGCCGUGACUUCCACGCCGAGGAGCUUUCCCUAGGAGGCACCUUGGAUCUGUUGGAGGCCUUGGAGCCGGUCGGCUUGCGACGCGUCGAGCUGCGCUUCAACAACCUGGGGUUGGCCGGGCUGUGCCAGGUGGUGCCGCGGCUCGCUCGCUUCCCACACCUGGCCAGCUUGAGGUUGCCCUACAGCAACGUGGAUGUGAGGAGGCCUGGGCUGGAAGAUGGGCUGAAGGAGCUGGCGGAAGCGUUGGGUUGGUUGCACGGGCUGAGGGAGCUCAACCUGGGCUCGUGCCGGCUGGCGGGGCGGCUGCGGCUGCUGCUGGGGUGAG